CCUUGAGUAUUCCAGAAACAUGCCGUAUGCUAUUUUUGAACUGUCUGUCCCGGAUCAACAAUUAGGCACCCGUAUUCUCGUGUCACCCACAAACGAGGGAUUCAGAUAGAGAUUCCCAGGUUCCCAAAAACACACGAACCAACCUUAUUUCGAGGUCAAGACAGCCCAGCCGGUUCAAUCGGUCCAGGGUCGAAAUGUUGUUACCUUCGCUUGUUGGUGCGCUUCCAGAGCCUGAUCGACGACAAGGGAAUCUGAAGCUUCGAGAACAAGAAAGGGGUCUCCGGGCACGCCGGGUUCCAAGGGCCGUCAGAAGAGGCAUGGCAAAGCAUGAAUGAAUGGUUGUCCAAGACGCAGCUGCCGCAGUGGAAAGCUGGUGGACGAAGGUUUAGUGGGUGGGGUCGCCAGCGGCCUGUCAAGAGUAAGAACCUAGCAGGGGAAGCGACGUGUGCCAGAGCAACUAGGUAGGUGAGAAGUGUUCCAUUUAGUACCGUGACCGUAGGUAGCCUGUUGAUAUCACUUUCUUCAGUAUCCAAUACUAUUACCUAUCCCUAUCCAAAUCACCUAUACUCAAGACGCACCCUAUCUCGUCCCCUGCAUUGCCUGCUCUCCAUCUUCAGGUGGUUGCUGGGCAGUGGUGAGCUUCCUUCUUCUGAAACACCCCUCCAGGAGCCAAAAGAGCCAAUCGCAACUCGGACCAUCUUCCGCCCACUCGCCCACUCGACAUGGACACAAGCUUUCUGUCCACCAUCACUUCAGACUACUGUCAUGAAUGGAUAUCACCACAACCUAUACUGGUUCGACAAACUUGUGUUUGGUUUCUGAUGCUGUUUCGACGAGGGUAGUCCUAAUCUUGUUGGUGAUACUGCUCAAGCAAACAUGAAGAGAAUAGCUCGCAGCACUUUGAGCAUUCUUCCCAUCUUCUGAAAUGGUGUGACGAAUACCGAGUGGUGUAGCUACCCAGCAGUAGAAAAAAGAAACCGACACUGAUAACUCUACUGAGGGUUCGUCAACAUCAACACCCACGCCUUCUCCUCCACCAGUUCAAGAUAGGGUUACAUCGUCCCAAACAUGACGUUUCGGGUAUCGUGUGGCUGCAGAAGGUUGCUAAAUUAGCCGCGACAACGGCUCCGUUUUCGAUCCGGCGCUGCUGAACCCUGUCCUUCCUCUGGUGCCGUUAGCCUCGGCGGGUUUCUGGCAACCCCUUUCUCGCCUUUAGCUUCUUUGUUGUUCUCACUAGCACCGUUGCAAUGGGAUCGACCGCCUAUGCCCGUGGACAGCUCUCAGUCUUGGGAACUGAUGAAUUCGGUUACAAGAAGAGACCCGAGAAACCGUGCCUGGAUUCAUUCGAGUCUUCCACUCUCCUGGCAAACAUGGCUUCCCAAGACGUUUCACGCCCCAUCUCGGAGUCUCAGCUUGUCGAUCCUGGAAAAAGUGCUGCGCCACACCGAAUUCUGAGAUGGCAGUCUCCAUCAAGGGCAUGCGGAUACGGGCCAUGUGCUAUUUAGAGCCUCCGAGUCUGUCUCAACCCCAUGUGUCUUUUUGUGCUUCUGUGAAAGCGAGACCAAACAAGAUGGAGCGCAAGGGCAUGGGAGCGGCGCUGCAGACGGAAACUCUGUGCAAAACCCUUGCCGUCCUGACCCUCCGACCGUGCAACGGUCUGUCAUCUGCCCGUUCCUGA